AUGAAGCUGAAUAAAGAGUAUUGGGAGAGAAACGAUUCAAGGAAUGAAUGGGGGGAUGAUGAUUCCUAAGAUUCUCCAUCUGAUAGAAUAAAAAAACAACAGUCUGAAGAGCAAAAGAUGAACUAAUAAAAAUAAAGCUCAUAGAAUGAACCCACUAUAGAAGUCCAAUAAAAUAUUGAUAGUAGUAAUAAAAGUAAUAAAGAUGAGUAAAUCAUAAAGAAAUGA